CCUCCUGGUCUAAGAAGAUGGAGGACAUAUGGGAACUUCAACUGACCACUACUCUUUACAUGACCUCUGACCUCUUACUAUCCACAAACCUCACCAACGUCACCAACUGCACCAACACCAACUCCAGCUGCACCGUCUCUAGCGUCAAGCUCUCGCCUUAUUACCAACACUCCCUGACAAUAGCAGCCAGCUACACCCUGGCCUACCUGUUCAUCUUCCUGCUGUGCAUGGUGGGUAAUGGCCUGGUGUGCCUCAUUGUUGUGAGGAACCGUCACAUGCGGACGGUCACCAACCUCUUCAUCUUCAAUCUGGCUAUCAGUGACCUGCUGGUUGGCAUCUUCUGCAUCCCCACCACGCUGGUGGACAACCUCAUCACAGGUUGGCCCUUUAGCAAUGCAGUGUGUAAGCUAAGUGGUCUGGUACAGGGGAUAUCAGUGGGUGCAUCAGUAUUCACCUUGGUUGCCAUCGCUGUGGACAGAUUCCGCUGUAUUGUUUACCCCUUUAAGCCCAAGCUAACCCUUCUUGUUGCUAAGGCAACUAUAGGGCUGGUAUGGGCUCUUGCGUUGGUUAUCAUGCUUCCGUCGGCUGUGAUGCUGAUGGUGGAGCAAGAGGAGGGUCACUACAUGGUAUCCAGUGACAACCAGACCUACCCUCUCUACUACUGCUAUGAGACCUGGCCUGACCCGGAAAUGAGGAAGGUUUACACCAUGGUCCUGUUCACACACAUCUAUCUGAUGCCCCUGGCUCUCAUCAUGAUAAUGUAUGGCUGCAUUGGGGCCAAGCUCUACUCUACAGCUGUUCUGUCCAGUAGGGGGCACCCGGACGUCAAGUCCCCCAUCUCCCAGAAGAAAGUCAAGGUGGUUAAGAUGCUAAUCGUGGUGGCCCUCCUCUUCAUGCUGUCCUGGCUGCCUCUCUGGACCCUGAUGCUCCUCACAGACUACGCCAGACCUGAAGGGGACCAGCUGGACCUUCUGACAGGCUACAUCUUCCCUUUCUCCCACUGGCUGGCCUUCUCCAACUCCAGCAUCAACCCCAUCAUCUAUGGCUACUUCAAUGAGAACUUCAAGAAGGGCUUCCAGGCUGCCUGUCACCCUAGAUCAUGUUGCAGCGUGGUCCCUCAGGAGCAGGUGGUGAGCAAGGCUCAGCGGAGGCACAAUGCCAGAGCCCCCCGGAACACAGCCCUCAGUGCCAACCUUCUCACCACCCUGGGGGUGAGGAACCGCAUCUACACCGACAGCGACCUGAUGGGCUGCGUGUGUCUGGAGAUGGAGCAGAGGAAGGAGGAAGGCUCUGCAGAGGCUCCUGGGCAGAGGGAAGUAACAGUAACGGUAGAGUGUCAAUAAAAAGGGGUGUUCAUGCAGAGGAUGUGGAUAGACUCUUUCCAAUGGGGGUCGCUAUGUGUCAGGUGUGGAAGCUUUGAAAGGCAGUUGGGUGGACAUUAACAGUGGGGUGUGUAUGCAUGGUGAGGUUGGAAAAUGGACAUAUUGGAGAUAAGAGCGCAAUAGUGCUGAGCGAUUAACCGAAAUGUAAGUUAUUUUUAGUUUUCUUUCUAUGAGCGUGAUCUGCAGUUUCUCUGGAGAUAACUCAGACCAAGCCAGAACUGCAGGGCUGGCUGUAGCCUUUUGGGGGCCCUAAAUGAGAUUUGGAUGGGGGGUCCCCCCCAACAAGUGGCCACCAAGCGGGAUUUUUGUUGUUGUUGUGGUCCUCUAGACAUCGGAGAUUUCCAAUUUUACACAUUUUGCCAUGUGGUAGAGAGGAAAUGUGGCAAUUAUACAACAAAUGUUAUGCAAUUCUACUAAUUGUACCAUGGGGCAGAGAAAAAACAAACAUUUUAUAACACAUUUCAUGCAAUUCUACAAAUUUUGCCAUGGGGCAGGGAUAAACUUUUGCAGUUCUAAACAUUUUGCCAUGCAAUGGAGAGAAAAUGGUGCAAUUUUCUUACACAUUUCAUGCAAUUCUACUAAUUAUGCAAGUUGGCGGAGAGAAAUGUUGCAGUUUUAAAGAUAAUUUACUUGAAAGAGCAUGACAGAGCUUGCAAUUCUACCAAUCUUGUCAUGGGAUGGAGAGAAAUGGUUGCAAUUUUAAAGGGCAAUUACGCCCCUUUUCAAUCUCAUAUUCAUCAUCUUCAGCACCAAACCAGUGUCUACAUACACUAUAUAUACAAAAAUAUGUGGACACCCUUCAAA